AGUGGGAAACUGAUUCCUCUUUUCUGUCUAGAGAAGGCUUGCAAAUGGCAUGUUUUCUUGAUGGUUCCUUGCAUCAUAGUAAAAAAUUGUCCUGCUCUACGCGUUAGAAAUGGUGCUGAAGCUUUGCAGCUCCAUCCUAGCCUACAAACACCUCAGAGAACUGUCUCAGAAGAUGGGGGAGGGAUGUCGCUGCUACUUUGUUCUAGAUGGCUUUCUGGAUACUGUGAUCCGCAGCGGAGAUAAUAUCCGAUGUGGCCGUCUACGCGCUGUGAUUUCUUUCUCUCCGCGUAUGCACCCGUGCAGCCCGUCUGAGUGUGAGCGUGGAGGCCGGCUGAAGGGGAAAAGGCAGCUUUUCUCCUGCGGGAUCAGCUCUGCCCGAGGUCGCAGGGUGGCAGCUUAGCGCCUGUGAGUUUUCCUUCCUGCUUCUCGGGAGCUGAGGGAGCCUGCUCUCUGACAAUGAUGAAAACUGAGGGCAAAGGGGAAAGGACUUUAAGAAGUGCUUCUCCACACCGAAAUGCCUACAAGUCUGAUUUCCAUGCUAUCAAAUGCUCUUUUGAUGGAGUGAACAGUCCCGAAAACACUUCCAACAAAACGGGCUUGCAGCAGAAGCUGAGCACCUCUUCCAAUGGAGGGGGAAAUGACCCACACAGUCGAGGUAGAGCUGCCACUUAUGGCAAUAGAGUUCACAAGAUCAAAAGUAUGUUUCUGCAGAUGGGAGGCUCCACUUCCACACCCUCUUGUGAAAGUAGUCCACCUGCUGAGACUAAAUUAAUCAGCCGGGCCACAGCAGCAGAGCAUGGACCUUCUCCAGGUAGCACGUCUUUCCUCAUUAUCCAAAAAAACAACCUUCUUAAUACAAGCACCAGCCCCAGCAGCAGUCCUGUGGAUUCGUCGUCUGUGCCUUCUACUGCUGAUAAGAUCGUACGCAGCAAUGAUGAGGCAGACUUGGACAAAGUCGCCCUGGCAGAAAAAUUUUCCGAGACCAGGAAGCUGUUUGAGAGAAAUAUAAAACAACGAAGCUCUGUGGACAGGUAUUCUCCUAGCAAAUGUGAAAGAAGUGAAGAUAAGAGAAGACAUGGUUCAGCUUCUGACUGCAGCAGUGUGGUGGACCACUUCAGUUUUAAUACAGAAGUGAGUCCUCCAGUUGGACUGGAUAAAGUUGAAAAUCAAGGUAGCGAGCUGAAGCAGCAGCAUCCCAAUAAUGGCUCCAAAACCUCCUUCCUGAAUGCUGGGCCCAUUUCUAGGAGGCUGGAAAGCUUUCUGGGUGACAGUGAUACUGAAGAAUCCAAAGAAAUUUCCAAAAGUGAUAGCCCAAAUCAGGGCCCUUUGAGAGGCCACUGCAGUUUGGAUUCAUCUAUUGCUGUUGAAGGAAGCCUGGAGAAGACGACAUCCACCAAAGUGCCUGUGAUCGGCAGAGAUGGGCUGAGUGACGUAUUUGAAAAAGAUAAGAGAGAGGAAGCAGUACUGGGGAGAAGCCUGAAGGAUACGAGCAGUAUACCCAGUCAGGAGGCAAAGUGGAGAACAGAGACUGUUCUUUCCCCCAUUUCCCCUGUUGAGGAGACUUCUGUGGAGCUGGCUGUGCAAGAUGAAACCUCAGGGCAUGAAAAAGAGGGUUUGGAGAAAGGUCAUGUUGUUUGUGAGGAUCAAGCACUCAAAUAUCAAAUACAAGAAGGGAAAAGCUAUUCCUUGGAGGUAGUAGAAGAGUUUACAGAAAGAAACGGAACUAAUCAGGAAGAAGUGAGAGAUGGGAUGUCUGUGAAUGAUGGUCCAGUUCAGGAUGUUCUGCAGCAGGAAAGGGAUACUGAAGAAGAGGAGCAAGUAGUAGAAAAGCAGAGUUACAACUUCUGUGCUUUUGGAAUAGAAAAUGCAGCUUUUGAUGAUUAUAGGGAUGCAGAAUCAGAGAACCAAGAGCCUGAAGACAACGAAAUUUUGGAAGAAGAGGCGGAAUAUAUGUACGAUAGUGAGUAUGAGGAGUUUCCUGGACUUUCUGAAGAGGAAGAUCCUGAGCCAGACCGAAAAGUCAAGUUCUCAACAGCUCCCAUCAAGGUUUUCAGUACUUACUCAAAUGAAGAUUAUGAUAGACGUAACGAAGAAGUUGACCCUGUGGCAGCCUCAGCUGAGUAUGAACUUGAAAAAAGGGUGGAAAAAAUGGAAGUAUUUCCUGUGGAAAUUGAAAAAGGUGACAGCGGUUUGGGCAUCAGUAUUAUUGGAAUGGGAGUUGGUGCUGAUCAGGGGCUGGAAAAACUGGGCAUUUUCGUAAAAACAAUAACAGACGGUGGAGCUGCUCAGAGAGAUGGACGAAUUCAAGUAAAUGAUCAGAUUGUGGAAGUUGAUGGCAUAAGUCUAGUGGGAGUUACUCAAUUCUUUGCGGCCACUGUACUAAAAAACACCAAAGGCACAGUGAGGUUUCUGAUUGGCAGAGAGAAGCCAGGGACUCAGAGUGAAGUAGCCCGCCUCAUUAGUGAGACUUUAGAGCAGGAGAGAUGCCUGUAUGAGCAGCACUAUGUUCAUGAUGAUACAGAGCAGGAUGAUGAGUAUGAUGAUGAUGAUGAUACCUAUGAAUCACACUUACAUGAAAAAUCUGUGGAAGUUUUUGAUCUUCCUGAAAACGAAGAUAUCAGUUUACCGCUGGAUAUGGAUUCAGCACAAUCUCUUCUUAAAUUUAAAGAGCUACAAUUGAAACAUGCAGUAACAGUAGCUGAAGUGAAUCAACUGAAGGAGAAGUUAGAAGUUGUUGAAGCGGAAAAAAAUGAAUGGAAAUUAAAUCGAGCCCAACUUCAGCAAAACUUAGAGGAAAGCAAAGAGAAAAUUAAGAAGUUGGAGACCUACUGGUUAGAAGCACAGAGUUUAUGCAAAACAGUAAAUGAGCAUCUUAAAGAAACUCAAGAACAAUGUGAUGCCCUUGAAAAGAAAUACAGCAAGGCCAAGAAAUUGCUCAAAGAUUACCAACAAAAAGAAAUAGAAUUUAUGAAAAAAGAGGAGGAUCAUUCAAGGAUACUUGAAGAGAGAGACCAGAAAUAUGCAGAACAGCUGAAAAUGUAUCAGGAAAAGAUUUCAGAGCUUGAAAGUAAACUAACAGUGUAUGAGAAAAUGCCAUAUAUGUUUGGAAGUGGCACUUUAUUGGAAGAUAGUUGUCAAAAUCCAAGCCAGCAAAAUGAGCAGUCAAAGAUGAGAGAAGAAAGUGAAAAAGAAACAGAAUCAGUAGAGGAAAGACUAAAUUCUUCAGAGAUGUUAAUUUCUGAUUUUGAUGCUUUUGUUGGAGAUACUCCCAGAUUAGACACCAGUGCCCACAAAGCAAAAGCUCAGCUUGCUUUGAAAGUAAAACGCCAGCCACCUUCUCGAUCAAAGCUGAAAGAAUCUCUUGGGGCUGGACAACAGACUGUGAAUCUACAGGAUGAGGAUUCAGAAGAUACUGUUUUCAACAGAGAAGUUUCCAUUGCGCAUCUAACUAAGACCUUAGAAAUAAGUGAAAAAUUGACUCUGCCUCAUUUAGAUGACAUAGAGCGAAAGAGUGAAAAGCCUGAACAAACACAGAGCACAGAAAGUCCUUUAGAGUCAAGUCCUUCUGCUUCCACACACUCUUCUCCAGUACACAAACCAAACAGUGAAAACAGCACAACCACCACUCAUUCACCUCCUCCUGAAGAGAUGGCUCUGAAUUCUCCUCAAGGAUAUACCAAGAAUAUUAAGCAAAGAGAAGUAAAAGGGAAAGGAAAAGAGGCCAAGGCAGAAGAGAAGAAAAAUGAAGACAAAACAGUAGAAACAAAUGAAGGAGCAUCAUCAGGGAAGUCUAAAAGGCGAUUUCCAGAUUUUGGUGGAUUACGGAAAUCUGGGGGCAAGGGCAAGAAACAAGAGAAAGAAAGUGUAAGAGGUUCUCUGGAUAGCAGAGGUUCUCGAGAACUGUUGGAUGACUCUGGCAACAAUCUAUCUGCAUCAGAUUCGGAUUCUCCUGUACCUACUUGCAUGCCUUUCUCUUGGUUUGGAGACAGUCACAAAGAGCCUCAGGUUUCUAGUAGUAGUCUGCACUUUACUCAGAGUGGACAGGACAGCUGUGAACAUGGUCAAGACAAGAACAGAAGCAAGAGUAGAAUUGUCAUAGAUGAUACAUACCAUAGCAAGCCAAGUUGUGAACUUUCAGGGUUAGUGACAGAACCAAAACUGUCAGGUCGUUCACACACUUUAAUCUUCUCUUCAAAUGAGGCAUUAGAUGAUGAAUUCACAACAACAGGGAAGCAGAAUCAAUGGCACAGUAGACCUAUCUCUGAAUGGACCACACAGCAAGUUUGCCACUGGCUAAUGGGAAUGAACAUGGAGCAGUAUAUUUCAGAGUUUACAGCUAUGAACAUAGAUGGACAGCAGUUAAUGCAACUCGACAGUGAUAAGUUAAAGGCUUUGGGAGUUUCCAGUCAAAAUGACCGAUCAACAAUAAAGAAAAAAAUUAAGGAUAUUAGGAAAACACAAGAAAAACUGGAAAAACAGAAGGAAAAAGUUCAAAAGAAAGAGAGAGAAGUUCGCAAGACUGCCAGAGUGGUAACCACUCUUGAAUCUAGCUGCUAAAGUGACCCUGCCUUUAAUCUUAGUGCAUACUUGCUCCAUUCUAAGGAAGUUCAGCUGAUUUGUAUAUAAUUGUACAAUUGAGGGGAGAAGGGAAAGUGCAACAGUUUAAUAUGGUAGGGUUUUUUGUUUUGUUUUGUUUUUUUUACUUUAGUCCCUCCCCAUUACAACCCAAUAAAAUUAAAUGUUUUCAGUAUUUUCAUUCCUAGUUGACUCUGCCUGUACUAAUAGUAAUUUAACUUCCUGCCUUAAUAUUUGUGCUUCUAAGGCCUCAUAAGCCCUCUUAAUUGAAAUUUCUACACGUUUGUGGAAAGUAGAAUACUGUAUUUAAAUGAUUCCGAUAUUAGUCAACUAGCAUUUAAUAGAGUUGAAUCUGGUAGAGGGACAGUAGAAAAAUCCUGCCAAUAAAUUCAGUUUGUGACAGUCUGUUUAUCUGUUGCCACAAAAGAUGUAUAGAGAAAAGUGUUUAAAAAAAACAGUAAUGUCAAAUUAAUUUAAGAAAGCAUGUAUUUCAAAUUUAUGGAGUAUUUUCUUUAAAUUCAUGUAUUUCUGGGAUGAUUCAUUUUCACACUAAGCCCACUGUAAUAGCACGUUGUUUUUGAAUUCCAUGUGUUGCAAUUUACUGAGAAAAUAACAAGAAAUAUUAAGUAGUUUUCACAAACUACAUACACUAAUCAUAAUAUUAAUUUCUCUGUACACUACCUUUAUGAUAUUGGGACAAGGUUUAAACCUAUAAAUAAGAUCUUUUUUAACCUAUUUUUCCUAAAUAAUACAUAGUUUUAUAGAUUUAUGCUACAAAUAAGAUCAAUUUGCAAUACAUGUAUUUCUCUUUUCUACUUGCUACAAGAUUUUUCGGACCAAAUUUAUAUAUUUGCUAAUUUUAAACUUUGCUGGUUUUCAAACUUAAAACAUCAAGGGAAGAAAUGUAGAAAAACUAUCACUGAAGCACUGGGUUUCUGCAUUGUAUUUAAAUAUGUUCCGUUGUAGACUACAGAUUAUUUCUCUUUAAAGGAGGAUUUGAUAUGCCAUAUAGUUUAGAACAUGAAUUGGUGUUUUGUAUAUUUACAUACUGUUUUAUAGAUACUAUAACAGCACUUCUUUAACUAGAUUAUUCCGGAAACAAAGUAUCAAUUCCACCAUAGAAUGGACUAGAACAAAACUUACAUCAUUUGCGUAUGCGGACCAAGUUCUCCUUUAAAUCUAUGGACUGUGUUUCAUUUUAAUUAAAUGAAUGAACUUCGCUGUUGGUGUUUCACAAGUUGUUUGGUUUUUUUUGUAUAAUUGUCUUGGCAACUUCAGAAAAAGGAUGGUGUGGAAAUGCUUCUGCACACCAUACAUUUCCAAAAUAAAGUUUAAGAAUCUUGGUAAUAAUUGCUUCUAAA